AUACAUAAAUAGAGGGAUAUAGAUGUACUUCAAGGCUGAAAGUAUUAACACUGCACAUUAUUACCCUGCAAUAACAGCCUCCUCCCUUCUGGGAAAGGCUUUCCACAAGAUUUUGGAACCUGGCCGCAGAGAUCCGCUCCCACAAUAGCAUGAGUGAAGUUGAUACGGAUAUUACAUUUUACUUUUGACAUACAAAGCAUCACGUGGUCAGGUCAGGUAGUUGUUGUGCCCGCUGACCACUGGGAGGAGCCUCGGGUCAUCAGAGAAGGGACUUUUGGUUGUUCCAAGGUCAAGGCUGAAAACUAAAGACCGAGUACCAACACCAGCUUUUGCACUGAGUCAAAGGAGUGUCUUGAGUAUGAGCUGGUCUGCAAAACAGAUGAAUAUGAGGUGCGACACUACAGCCCCACUCGCUGGGUAUCUACAGAUGCUGAGGCCUAUUUCAUGGGAGUGGGAGCAGCUAUGGCCUUCAGGAGACUUUUCCAGUACAUCACCGGAACCAAUGAAGGAGGCGUCCAGAUGGAAAUGACCGCACCUGUCCUGGUCAAGAUCCCCGAGGAGACAAAGAUGUGGGAGCCAGCUAUUUACACACUCAACUUCCCGCUGCCCGCAGCCUAUCAGGACAAGCCGCCCGCACCCACCAACGACAAGCUUUAUUUCACUGAGAUGCCAGAGAUGGACGUCUAUGUGAGGAGUUAUGGCGGCUGGAUGCUGUCAGUCACCUCCAGGCUACAUGCUCACCUGCUGAUUAAAGAACUGGAGAGAGUUCGAGCUUCCUACAACCACAGCUACCACUAUGGAGUCGGAUAUGACAGUCCCUUGAAGCUUCUGAACAGACACAAUGAGGUGUGGUAUGUUGCCGAGGGGGAGCCAGUUUGCACAGAUCCACGAGAACCGACCCCAGCACACACACCUCGGCCAACUCUGACCAACUCACCCACAGGCUCUCCAUCUGACCCUCUCCCACACACACUCUCUGAUUCACCCUCAGUCACUCCCUCCAACAUGUCCUCAUACACAUCAACAUCCAACUCCUCAGGCACGCCCUCUGACACACCCUCUCUCCCGCCGUCUGAUGCCCCUCCUAGUCCUUCAUCCCACCUGCCAUCCCAGGCUGCGUUCAGCCAUGCCCCAACCACCGCCCAGAUCCUGGUGGACCCAACAACCAACUCCUCUGAUCCCGUCUCUGUGAGCCCGUCCCUUGAGCCCCAGGGUGACGCUGCCGUGUGGAACAGCACAGCGCACAGCUCUCUGGACACACAAGCUGACAGUAAUCCUAUGGUCGAGCCAGAUGACGCUCACUAGAAACCUGCACCUUUGAUUUAAACAGCAAUUCCAAGUAUAUUAACAUGGAAGCUAUAAAUAGAAAGGAAACUGCAGAGUUGUGGCAAAAAGAUGAGUGAAUGUGUGUGAUAGAUGAACUUGCUGUUCUCUUCCCUCCCUGUGUAUUACACCAACUCCUUCUUAUGGCACUUAAUGUUUAACUAUAUGUUCUACCACAGCUUUGCACCUGCAAUCUUGUAUCAGCAAACACAUGCCUAUCCUCUUUGUCGUUCUAAGAUUAUCAUACUGUUGCAUCAUAGAAUUAAGUAAAAUAUAUGUAUUAGUUAGAAAAAUUAGAAUUCAGAGUAAUUGUGUUGAUUCAUCUAGCUAACACUGAAGGCAGGAAGAGACGCCCUUUAACAUCAGUUCAACCCAAAAGCUAACUUAGUAACUUAUAAAUAAAAUCUAUCUGUAAUUAAUAAGUGAAGUGUUUACUGGGACUAACUACACUGGGCUGUUAUAUCAGAGGACACUUAACUUGAUCUUACUGUGUUCUAGCUACUCUUGAAAAUGGAGUUUGAUGCUGUUAAUCAGUGAUUCUGUAAACUUUCUCUGUUGCUACUUUCCAGCCAUAACAUCCUACAAGCUUCUGCUCUCUGUUUAGCUUCACGUCAUUUAUUUUCAUGAUAUACUGUAUGUGGCAGCAUAUUGGUGAUUCAUUAUAAAUUAAGUGUGAUUAUUCACUGGGAUCUUUGUGGUGUGGCCUUAAACCUACGUACUGAUACUGUAAAGUUCUAUAUAAUUUACAAAAUUCCCAAAUGUAAUUUUUAUCCUGAAUCCAAUCAACCCACUCCUAUUUUAUGCUCAAAAGUGCCUGUAAACGAAUUGGCCAUAUCGAUUGCAAUAGAGUUGCAUAAAGUUUGCAUCUGGUGUUCUAGCAGCACACGGUGGAUACAAACACUGUGACGUGAGGUCAGCAGUGAUCUGAACACAUUUCUGCUGACUGUAAAGAGUCUUAACAGUUGGAGGCAGUAAUGUGCUGAAGUUUGACGUUUAUUCUCACAGUUUAAGUUUUAAAACCCUUAACACUCAACAUUUUUGUCAGGUCUUAAAGGAUAUAAAUAAUUAGAUUUUUGCACACUGUAGAAAAUAGUGUCCUAACUCAGUUCUGCCAUAAGGUUAAAACUUGGACUCACUUUUCUGUGUAUCUAUACCUAGAUAGUCAGUCCAAAACAAUUACUAAGCUUAAUUUUUUAGCCUAGGUGUGAUCGUGUUCUGCUAACUGUUUGCAAGUGAUCAUGUAGUAUAUUUCAGAAGCUACCCAGAGUCUAAAUGUCGUUGGACUGCCUCAAAGAUCCCAAAGAAUCAUGCCUGAUCAACCAAUGCAAUAAUGAUUACAUCAGUUAGCACAUGUCAUUCUCUAUCUAUGCGUCUCUGAGCUACAUAUUGUAUGUUCUGAGGAAGGUGCAUUAAAAAUCCAUCCCAAACUCUU